UUGCUUCAAGUUUUCGCACUGGAUUCGAAGAUUUUUUGACGCUCCAGAGCUAAAAUGAGUUAUCCGGUUUAUUUUCUUUUCUCGUGCAGCAUAAUUUAUUCACUGGCACCAGCACAAGCAAAUGUUUCUAAGGACUCAGAAAAACCGAGGACUAUUGAAGUAGAUAAUGCGGCGAGAGUGUUUCGCAAAGAUGGGGAGCCAUUCAAAUACGUGGCAGGGGAAUUGCACUAUUUCCGGAUCCCUCGGGCUUACUGGAAAGAUCGCCUCCGGAAAUGCAGAUAUCUCGGCCUCAACGCUGUUUCCACGUAUGUUGAAUGGAGCUCACACGAGCCUCGAUCAAAUGAAUUUGAUUUCACCGGCGAAAACGACUUAGUUUCAUUUAUAAAAUUAGCCCAAGAGGAAAAUUUAUUGGUUCUGCUUCGCCCUGGACCAUACAUUUGCGCUGAAAGAACUCUGGGUGGUCUUCCUGCAUGGAUGUUGGCUAGGAAUUCGGACAUUCAGCUUCGCACCUCAGACCCUGCUUAUCAGAGUUUCGUAGACAGAUGGUUCCAUAUCCUAUUCGAGAAAAUUAAACCUUUACUCUACGGAAAUGGAGGCCCUAUCUUCAUGGUCCAGGUCGAGAACGAGUAUGGGAAUUAUUUCCAAUGUGACGAGGGUCAUUACCGGUGGCUGACAGAGAAGAUGACAAGUUAUGUGGGUAGAAAUGCUAUCUUGUACACGACGGAUCCAGGAAGUAACACUUACAAGUGCGCACCUCCUCCGGGCGUCCUGCCCACGAUCGAUUUUGGCGCUGGAGCUAACGUUGACGCUGUCUUCGAUCAACUGAGCUACCGAAACAGAGGAGGACCCUCGGUCAACUCUGAGUUCUAUUCCGGAUGGUUGUCGCACUGGACGGGACCCCUCGAGGGGAGAGAAGCCGAUGCAAUCGUCGAAACUUUGACGGAUAUUCUCAAUCGCAACGCCUCAGUCUGCCUUUACAUGAUCCACGGUGGAACUAAUUUUGGCUUCACGUCAGGUGCAAAUGCCGAGCCCUACAAAGCUGACAUAACAUCCUAUGACUAUGAUGCGCCAAUCAGUGAGGCAGGAGACCUUACAAGUAAAUAUUUUGCGAUACGAAGCACCCUCAAAAAAUUCGCAGACUCUUAUAAAUUGAGCUUCAGUGGCGCAACGCACGGUACACCGAUGGACUUCCCGAAAAAGGCUUACGGUUCCGUCAAGUUAUCCGCAGUUGUAUCAAUUUUUAACGCACCCGAAAUCUACGACGAUGAGCCACUUUACGAAAAAAUCCCGCAGAGCUUUGAGACGUUGGAAGUAUACUCAGGUUAUGUGCUCUAUGAAACGUAUAUGCCAAAAAAAAUUCCCGACUUCGCUACUCUGUCGAUUUUAAAAGUUCGAGACCGAGCCACCGUUUAUUUGGAUGAGGAACCAAGAGCUAUUUUUAGUAGAUCAUCUGGACUGAAUUCAUUGUCUCUUUUGCAAAAAGAUAGAGGGGAAAAAUUGAGCAUACUCGUCGAAAAUCAAGGAUACGUCAACUACGAUCCGCAUAUGCAAGGCGAUUUAAAGGGUCUCCUGUCGAUUCCUUCGAUGGACGGAAGACCACUUCUGGGAUGGACCAUGACCAAAAUUAGUUUGCCGAACAUAGAGCCGCUUCAUGAUAUGAUGACCGCCCCUAUCAGCUCAAUGGUAAAACUGCCGGCUUUCUACAUGGCAGAUUUCCAAUUACCCCAGGAGAAUGGAGAUACGGCCCAACCUGCAGAUACGUUCCUGGACCCUAGCGGGUGGGGCAAAGGCGUAGUAUUUGUGAACGGCAAGAACAUGGGUCGUUAUUGGCCCAGUGUUGGACCCCAAGUGACUCUGUAUAUACCAGGUUGUUACUUGAAAGCUCAUCCCGGGAUCAACAAAUUGGUCAUCCUCGAGGAAGAAAAAGUUCCCGAAGCACUCGAGAUGAGGUUCAGGGAUAGGCACAAAUUAAAUUCGACCCUAAUUUAUUAAUGUAUUUUUAUAUAUCGACGGUGCA